UCCUUCCCGCUGCCGCCGCCCCCCAGCCGCCACCAUGCAGGAGCUCAUCGCCAGCGUGGACCACAUCAAGUUCGACCUGGAGCUGGCUGUGGAGCAGCAGCUGGGGGCGCAGCCGCUGCCCUUCCCCGGCAUGGACAAAUCGGGCGCGGCUGUCUGUGAAUUUUUUUUAAAAGCGGCCUGUGGAAAAGGGGGCAUGUGCCCGUUCCGACACAUCAGUGGGGAAAAGACAGUUGUUUGCAAACACUGGCUACGAGGACUGUGCAAAAAGGGAGACCAGUGCGAGUUUCUGCACGAGUAUGACAUGACCAAGAUGCCUGAGUGUUACUUCUACUCCAAAUUUGGGGAAUGCAGUAACAAAGAAUGUCCAUUCUUGCACAUUGACCCGGAGUCUAAGAUCAAAGACUGUCCCUGGUAUGACAGAGGCUUCUGUAAACAUGGUCCUCUCUGCAGACACCGGCACACUCGAAGAGUCAUUUGUGUGAAUUACCUAGUAGGAUUCUGUCCAGAGGGGCCUACCUGUAAAUUCAUGCACCCUCGGUUUGAACUGCCUAUGGGAACCACAGAGCAACCACCACUGCCUCAACCGACACAAACACAGCAAAAGAGGACGCCCCAAGUCAUCGGAGUCAUGCAGUCUCAAAAUAACAACACUGGGAACAGAGGACCCCGGCCGUUGGAGCAGGUCACUUGCUACAAGUGUGGUGAAAAAGGUCAUUAUGCCAACAGAUGCACCAAAGGACAUCUGGCCUUUCUCAGUGGACAGUGACAGAGCAGAACAAAGAGUGCAAGGGAGCUAUUACACACUGAGCAAAGGUUUCUGCCCAGCACUAUGUCUUGAACUAUUAAUCAGGUUGUUUUUUAAUGCCAUUACUGAAAGAACUGGUCAGAGGCUGGCUGCUGCUAAGCAACAUUUUUGUAAUUGUCCACAAGUGUGUGUUUGGGGUUUUUUUUAUGUUUUAACCUUUUUAAAAUAGAUUUUGGCCUCCGCCUAUUUUCAUUGAGCCCUGCUGAAAGGUAGAUCUAAAAGCCAAUAGAUUUGCAAACCCCUCACCGGUGCAGCGCUCUACGUAACCGCAUCUUAACGCCAGUGUUUCUUUAAAGUGUUUUCCUUCUGCCACUUCUCUCUGGAGAACCUGCAGCGUUUCAGCCCUCCCUGUGGAAGCAGGAAGACUGGUUGGGAAAACUAAUACUUGAAAUGCCUUCCCUUCAGUGAGGAUGCAGGGAUUCUGCUGUCCUGUAGCUCAUAAAAAGCAAAGUUGUGUUCCCUGGUCCAGCCUGUUGUAGUCGGUAAGCUCGUCCUGGUGGCUGACUUAAUGCAUCACCUACAUCAGGCUGUAAAACUCUCGUCCACUUGCUUUGUUUCUGUGCUUCUUGCUAUACUGAAGGUUAGAAAUUAAUCUUCUGGGUGAGAACCGAUCAAGGGGAGAAUAAAUUGGCAUCUCUGUGGUUAGCCAAACAAUGCAGAACGAUGAUUGUAGGAAAGCGGCAGCUGUGCUCAUUUUCCAUUUGCAAAAAGCGAGGAGGGAAAUGAACAUGGCUUGAAGAGCAGGAAUAGAAGAGCCUUGGCUCAGCCCCCCCUGUCGUCCAGCUCACACUGAGCAGGUAUUUCCAUAGCCUAGAGAAGAUCAAGGAGUGGAGAUGUAUAUUCUUAUGGAGCACUGCUUUUAGAAGCGGUAGAGCGUUCUUCUGAGAGCAAUUUUUGCAAGCCAAGCCCCAUUCAUUUUGUGCGAAGACAAUUUCAAAAGGGCCAAUGAUAAAAUGUGAAUUAAAAAAAAAAAAAAAUUGCACCCACAAUAUGAGCCUUAUUGAUUCUAACCCAUCUCUCAUUUGCUGACUGGCUUUAUACUUUGUUUUUAUUGAAAUGUACUGAUGGAAAAAGCUGGCUGUGAAUUUCUUUUUUUUUUUUUUUAAGAACAAGAUAAUAUGACUAGAUUAAGAGAAGUGACGAGAGCCUAUGUUGGUUUGAAUGACUGCGGUUAUUUCCCUGUGGAGAGUCGGAGUCAGUCACAAUAGAAGUUUCAACUGUAAGCGACAGUGGUAUGACAGACCAUCAGACACUUUUUUUGUAGCGUGUUGUGCCCCCAGAGGCUGAACGGCGGCCACACAAGAUCUGCGCCUAACUGGGCACGUGGAAAGGGAACUGCAACACUCUGGUGUCUGGCUGCCUUCCCUGUCGCGUUCAGGUCUUUGCUACCUGAACAGAUGUUUUCCAAAAGUGAAAGCCUCCCUGUUAACCACUGAAGCUCUUGAGAGAUUCUUCUUAUCCCGUAACAAGCGGUUUUUGUUCUCCCUGCUAUUCAGAAAAGGAUACCGCAGGCUGUACCUGCAGUGCCCCGCUGCAGUCGCAGGCCUGGACAGGGAGCGUUGUGGCAGUGGGACGUGCUUGCUUAGAGGGGCACGCGAGGAAGGGCAGCGGCUGGGGCCAAACCCACCAAUGCUCUUUUCAGCUGUGCUUAUGCACAGUGUCUGCUGUUAAACUUCUCCCCACUGCACUGAAAGUCAAGAAGCAAAAGUUUUCCUUAUGCUUAACUUCAUGGACCUUAGUUAUGUUAAAGGUCUCUUAAGCUUUUACCCAUUCAGAACAACUUUGCAGCUUCUUUUAGGAAUUAAAGUGGGUAGAGUUUUGACAGGAAAGAGAUAUCAGAGGUAAGAAGCCUUAGAAUCCCUGUGGCAGAAAGAGAGUUGCAAACCUCUGUAAAGCUAAACCAGCCCCAUCUGAGGCAGCGCUCUGCAAUGAUGGAAAACUGCCCAAAAUACCUGCAGUCCCCAGGUGAGAAUCAGAAAUGUGGCCACACCAAGCCACCUAAAGCUCAGGUACUGUUCUUUAAAAUCAAAAUAUUAUAUCCUUUCAGCUAGUUGUCCAACCUGUACAUAACAGCUAUUAAGAAGCACCACAAUGCUUUUUACUUUUAUCAAACAGUUAAAUAGGAAUGAAUUAUAAUAGCUUCCCCAGUU